AUGGCCUACAGCUGCUGCUCUGGAGCCUGCUCCUCCUGCUCCCUUAGGCACAGCCUGCCCUCUUCAGGUUCCCCCUGUGGCUCUUCCUACCCCAGCAAGCUGGUCUACACCACUACCAGUUGUUCUCCCAGCACCUGCCAGGUGGAAUCUUCUCUGAACACUGGCUGUCAGGAGACCUGCAUUGUGCCCACCAGCUGCCACAGAUCCUGCACGGUGUCCAGACCCUGCCAGGUGGAUUCCUCUCUGAACACCGGUUGUCAGGAGACCUGCAAUGUGCCCACCAGCUGCCAGAGGCCCUGCGUGGUGUCCAGACCCUGCCAGACAGCCUGCUACUACCCAGGGAUCUCCACACCUUGUAGUCUCUGCCAGGGAACAUAUGCUGGGUCUCUAGGCUUUUGGUGCAACAGCUGCCAAUCCCUGGGCUAUGGAUCUAGAAGCUGCUACUCAGGGGGCUGUAGAUCCAGUGGCUUCAGAUCUAUGACUUACAGACUCUAA